ACUGGACGGCUGACUGCAUCACUAAAGAGAGAGAGAGAGAAUUGUUAUUGCAAAAUCUUGAAUAUUAAUUGUUAUUGAUUUCAUCGACGAUUCAGCAUCAAGACGAAGCCAAAUGUUACUCCGUUCAAUCCGGCUUUCCUUCAUAUACUCCUCCACCGAGUUUUCUCUCCAUUCAAGACCCAAAUCAACCUCCUUUCUUUCCCCUUCAAUCUCUGCCUCCAUAGCCAAACCCAGAUCACAAAUGGCCUCAUUUUCAUCUUCUUCCCAACCUCCAAAACUAUUGUUCCGUCAACUCUUCGAGAAGGAAUCUUCCACCUAUACUUACCUUCUCGCCGAUCACUCCCAUCCUGAUAAACCCGCUCUGUUGGUUGAUCCAGUUGACAGGACAGUUGACAGGGAUAUUUCUCUUGUUAAAGAGUUGGGUUUGAAGCUAAUUUAUGCUAUCAACACUCAUGUUCAUGCUGAUCAUGUAACUGGAACUGGUCUAAUUAAGACUAAGCUUCCUGAUGUGAAAUCGGUUAUAGCUAAAUCAAGCAAUGCGAAAGCUGAUCUUUUUGUUGAACAUGGUGACAAAAUCUAUUUUGGAAAUCUGUUUUUGGAGGUUCGUGCCACUCCUGGUCAUACUGUAGGAUGUCUUACCUAUGUUACAGGAGAUGCGCCUGAUCAACCUAAUCCGAGAAGAGCUUUUACUGGCGAUACUUUGUUAAUAAGAGGAUGUGGAAGAACAGAUUUUCAGGGUGGAAGUGCAGAGCAACUUUACAAGUCAGUUCAAUCGCAGAUAUUUACUCUCCCCAAAGACACUCUUCUGUAUCCUGCUCAUGAUUACAAAGGUUUCACUUUUACUACAGUUGAAGAAGAGAUGCUUUAUAAUCCUCGCCUCACAAAAGAUGAGGAAACAUUUAAGAACAUCAUGGCAAAUCUGAAAUUGGGAUACCCGAAGAUGAUUGAUGUUGCAGUUCCAGCAAAUAUGGUUUGCGGAUUGCAAGAUAAUGCCGAGCUCGCCUCAGUUUAGAAGACUUGAUGAAUGAAUGUUGUAACGAAAGCAGAAAAGGAAAAGGUUCUUUUAGAUUAUUUGCAAAGAGUGAGAGAUGGCGAAUAAAACAGCUCUUUGUGAUGAAAUCUUGACAGGUUGUAGAUUGUGAAAAAGCAACAAGAAUAAAUUUCUCAUAUUAUAGUUCACGUCAAUAUAUACAUGAUUUCAUGUUUUUCUUAUCA